AUGGAGCUUAUGAUAUCUGAAGAAGAGAUAAAGCAGGUUGCUGAAACGUUUGAUAAAAUCAGAUUUUUACACGCAAAAGAAGAGCCUUCUAAGGAUUCCACACUUAUGCAAGCAUUUCAAGAGAAAGUUUCACUAACAGUUGGCCAAUUGACAGCUAACCCUACAACAGAGAACGUAAUUAAUGCAAAAAUGCAACUGUGGGAGUACUGUUGGGACGUUCUUUCACCUUAUAUAGAAUCCACUUAUCCAGAUAUUUUUUACUUGGUUAAAACCAUCGUCUACCAUUUUAUUACAAACUUCGCCAAUUCUCAAACUCGAAAUAUUAAGCUUGAAGAUGAAAUAGAUGAGCUAAAGCAAUCCCUUGUCAGCAGGAAAAAAGAAACAGAAGAUGUGCUCGCAGCUGCAGAAGCCUUAGAGUUUAGGGCACAAGAGCUAACUCAGGAACGAGAUUUUUUAUCUCAAGAACUGGAAAAAGCAAGGGAUGAGCUUGCUAACCAGCUUGAGCAUCUUCAAGAUGAAAAUAAAGUUUAUCUUGAUAAAAUUAUUUCUCUUUCAAAACAAGCUGCUGAGAAUUCAGUCAACCCAAGCUCAGCUUCUCCAGAUAGAAAAGAUAUUAUACCUAGAAACCCAAGCAAAAAGGUCGUCAUGAAAAGUAGGAUGCCAAUUACAAAAGAUUUGACUUUGAAACAGCUAAAAGAAGUAAUUGAGGACAUUUAUGCUUGCAAAAUUAGAUUUGAUGAGAAAUGCAGGGAAACAAGACAAGCGAGAGAAACUAUGGAGCAAUAUUUAUACACAUAUCUAAAUCAGAAAUAUGGACUCAAAAGCCUGAUAAACGAAUGAUUUGGGUCAAUUACAAGAGGGAUACAAAGAUACCAGGACUCAGACGCAGAAAUUGCUUUAUUUUCGAAAAUAAUUAAGCAUCAAGUUGAUGAAGAGUUUAGAGAUGUUUUCGUUCAGCUGAAAGACUCUAUAAAGCAGCUAUUGAAAUCAAGUCUUCAAGCUAAAUAUCCUUAUAUUCGAGAGCCACAGUUGCUUGAAACAAUGAAGGAAAAAAUGUCUUCAACACUUGAUGAAGACGAAUGGAAAAAUAUCGUUCUUUCAAUUUUUUCACAAGAAGAAGCAGAUUAUGUGACUCAUCAUAUAAACGAGAUAAUUAAACAAAAAUCUGUUAACUCGACUAUCACAGGAAGAAGGUCAAAAACUCCUCAAAAUAAGCCAGAAGCUACUUAUACCGAAGUUUUGAACUGCAUUUUGUUCUAUGAUUUGAGCGCACAUGAAGCACUUUUGGCACCUUUCAAUGAAAAAUUUUCGAAAGUUGAUCUAGAUGAAAACGGGCUUCUAAAUGAAGAUGAAUUUAGAGCUUUGGUAGCUUCGUUUGAUUUAUUAGAUCAAUGUGAUAGACUUCUUGAUACUGUCGAUCCACAUGCUUUAGGACUAAUAAAUUACUCUGACUGCUUAAACUUAUUCUCUAUCGAGCCAUAUCCGAAUGACGAAAAACAAACUUCAGUACUGCACUAUCUAUAUUAUCAACAUCAAAAACUAAUUUCCUGUCAAUUACAAACAAAUAAAUGAUAUAAAAUUAAUUAUAAUUUUUUUACUAUAUAAAUAAUAAAAAAAUGCCGGCUAUACAUCUUAUGAAAGAGUAAGUUAA